AUGGCAGAUCCUCAAGGUCUGGAGGGGAAUCAACCUGUUGACAUCUCUAAGCAUCCUUCAGGGAUCGUACCUACUCUACAGAACAUUGUGUCAACAGUCAAUUUAGACUGCAAAUUGGAUCUUAAAGCUAUAGCAUUGCAAGCUCGAAAUGCAGAAUACAAUCCCAAGCGUUUCGCUGCGGUGAUUAUGAGGAUCAGGGAACCAAAAACAACAGCACUCAUAUUUGCAUCUGGAAAGAUGGUUUGUACAGGGGCCAAGAGUGAACAACAAUCGAAAUUGGCUGCUCGGAAGUAUGCUAGAAUUGUUCAGAAGCUUGGCUUCCCAGCAAAAUUUAAGGAUUUCAAGAUUCAGAACAUAGUUGGUUCUUGUGAUGUGAAAUUUCCAAUUCGACUUGAAGGCCUUGCCUAUGCGCACGGUGCCUUUUCAAGCUACGAGCCUGAGCUUUUUCCUGGAUUAAUUUAUCGGAUGAAACAACCAAAGAUAGUCUUGCUCAUUUUUGUCUCGGGGAAGAUUGUUCUCACCGGAGCCAAGGUUAGAGAUGAAACAUACACAGCCUUUGAGAAUAUAUACCCUGUUCUCACUGAAUUCCGAAAAGUUCAACAGUGGUAUGAAGAAAAUGUGGUUAUAUGUUCUGUUUUCCACUGCUAA